AUGUCCAAGCCUCGCACAGGUCUCUACUUGGGUCUCGCCGCAGCCGGCGCUGGCGGUUACUACUUGUACCGUGCUGGUGGUGACCCUCAGAUUGCGAAGAAUGAGAUGAAGAUCGAUGCCAACAAGGCUCGUGAGAAGCUGCCUCCCCAUGACCACACCGCUGAGAACGCGGCCAAGAAUGCCGGUGCUGAAGUUGGUGAGACUAUUGACAACGCCCGCUCCAAGGCCAACUUGACGCUCGACAACAGCAAGCAGCACCUCGAGGAGGGCAAGAAGCAACUUGAGAACUACGGCAAGGAGGCUCGCGACCAGUUCAACGCUACCGUCGACAAGGUCGAUCGCACCGUGGAGCAAAAGGCGGCCGAGGCCAAGGGCACCGUUUCCGGGUGGUUCAGUGGAAAGUCCUAG